GGGGCAAAUCACCCCUUUAACAAUACUGGAUUGUAAAGAUGUGAUCCUGGUGAUUGAUUGAUUGACUGAUUGAUUAGCUAAUACGAACAAAGCAGUGAUCGUAAACGAAUCAAAGCGACUAAAAAUAAUAAUCGGGCACAGAGGAAGCCGCCAGAGUCCUUCAAUGAAGCAGGCAGGAGUAUUGUCUGUAACCUCCUUGCUUCUUUCCUAGAUCGCCCAGAAACAUAAUCCCGAAUAAAACACACUAGAUUCCCGUCGCCUUCUCCUCCUGUAGCUAAUCUGCAGCAAGUGAAAGAAGCUUGUUGUCUUUAUCCAUAUCCGAGGAUGAAAUGCAGCCUGUUCCUAGGGGGACUGUGAAACACGUUCAGGAGAAGAUUAAUACACGCAGCAGAAGCUCAUUCAGACCCAGUGUUUGCAGUUUCUCUGGUGCGCCUUAAAAUCCCUGCCCCGCCGCUGGAGGAGGCCCUGGGCUUUGGGUGCCGAGGCAGGAAGCAGCAGAAGUAAGCAGCGAUUGUCCUUAAGUCACUGGUGCGCCAAAGUAACCUGUGAUGGGCUGGCAUGAGUCCACUGGACCGGGAAGUCUGGUUCCGCCGGCGGAGGCUCUGAUGAUGCUGGUGGCGGCGACGGUGCUGGUCUCCCUCCUUGCAGAUCAGUGACCAGAAAAAGGGGGAGAGACAGAGAGAGAGGGGGAAAAAAAGAGGCGUCUACCAAAGCGGCUCAGACAGACGAACAAAUGCAAGCCAGCCAUGGACAAUAGUAGCCACCACACGGCGACUAAAAUCUUAGUAACUUCUCCAGCCAGAGAGAGCCUGUCUGCGCGAAGCAACAUGAUCAGCGCUUCCAAACCCCUGGCUUUCUCCAUUGAGCGAAUCAUGGCCAGGACUCCAGAGCCGAAGUCCAUUCCGGUGCCGCCCUUCCUCCAAGGAUCCGUGCCCAAAGGAGACCCCAAACACUCGUUGCACCUCAACUCCUCCAUCCCCUGCAUGAUCCCCUUUGUCCCGGUGGCGUACGACCCCCUCCCCAAAGCGGGGGUGGCCGGAUCGGAAGCCAGGAAGGCUCACUUGGACUCCUCUGCCUCCCCCUUCAGCUGCGGCGAUCUGCUGAACUGUGCCCUGAGCCUAAAAGGCGAUUUCCCCCGCGACGCCCUGCCCCUGCAGCAGUACAAACUGGUGAGACCGCGAGUGGUCAACCACUCCUCUUUCCACGCCAUGGGAGCGCUGUGCUACUUCAACCGCGGCGACGGCCCUUGUCACCCGUCGUCCAGCGUCAACAUCCACCCGGUGGCUUCUUAUUUCCUCAGCUCGCCUUUGCACCCGCAGCCCAAGGCGUACCUGGCGGAGAGAAACAAACUGGUGCUCCCGUCCGUGGAAAAGUACCCUUCCGGAGUGGCCUUUAAAGACUUAUCGCAGGCUCAGCUCCAGCACUACAUGAAAGAAAGUGCCCAGAUCCUAUCGGAAAAAAUCGCGUUCAAGAGCUCGGAGUUCAGCCGGAGCUCUCCCAGCAGCAAACCCAAAGUUUUCACUUGUGAAGUUUGCGGAAAGGUAUUUAAUGCACAUUAUAAUUUAACUCGCCACAUGCCAGUGCACACAGGAGCCAGACCCUUUGUUUGCAAAGUUUGUGGCAAGGGCUUCAGACAAGCAAGCACUCUCUGCCGGCACAAGAUCAUACACACCCAGGAAAAGCCUCACAAGUGUAACCAAUGCGGCAAAGCGUUUAACCGAAGUUCCACUUUAAACACACACACCCGAAUCCAUGCGGGCUACAAACCUUUUGUUUGUGAAUUUUGUGGCAAAGGAUUUCAUCAAAAAGGUAAUUACAAAAACCACAAACUGACCCACAGCGGCGAGAAGCAGUUCAAGUGCAAUAUCUGCAACAAGGCUUUCCAUCAGGUGUACAACCUGACCUUCCACAUGCACACCCACAACGACAAGAAGCCCUUCACCUGCCCCACCUGUGGCAAGGGCUUCUGCAGGAACUUUGAUCUCAAGAAGCACGUCCGCAAGCUGCACGACAGCGCCCUGGGACUGCCGCGAGCCCCUGCCGAGCCGGGGCCAGACCAGGCGCUACAGCCGCCGGGCCCGCUGCUGCCACAGCCGCACCGUCCGUGAGGGAACUGCAAGCCCGGAGCUCCGCCGGGCCUACUAGCGAGGAGAGCAACCCAGAGCCCCGCCGUUGCAACCAUCCGCCUGCUUCUUUGCAUGCACCUAUUAAGCGGUUUUGUGUAUUACGCUCUACUUGGCCACUAGCAUUGAUGGGCUGGUCGUUUCCUUCUUUUUGUGGUUGUUGGGUUGUUUUGUUUUGUUUUCUUUCUUUCAAGACUCGCUUUUUUAACAUCUCAGGGUUAGAGAUGGUUUAAAAAAAAAAGCCAAGCCAAUUUCUGCUGUAUUUAUUGGGAUCUGUAUUAUCCGAACCGGGAAUGCUGCACCACUUAAUUAUUUCGAUGUGUGUGUGUGUGUGUGUGUGUGUGUAUAUGUAUGUAUGUAUGUAUGUAUUGGUUCUGCCCUGUCUUCGAUGCCUGCUGGUUGUCCCUUCUUGAUAACUCCCCUCCUUCAUCCCCCUCCCUGAAUAUCGUAUCUUUAUGGCCAGAGCUGGUUCACUAUGUAUGGAUUUGAAUUUCAGUUUGAUUCUUGCACGUGGAAAAUGAAUACGUUGACCUGGUGGAAAUAAAUACUUGGAGCGUGAUGAUUGAAUCAUCAAGGGCGCAUUAGCUAUUUACAUUAUUCAGCUACCAGACCAAUGAUCCUAUUAAAGAGCUGUGAUCCCACCAUACCGCUUCCUACUGUAUUGAUAAGGAAAGGCUGGGGGCGGGCGGAUGAUAGGUAAUACCAACAUAGAGGGUGUGUGUGUGUGUGUGUGUGUGUGUGUGUGUAUGUUUAAUCAAGAAGGGAAGAUGGAUGGAAAUCAAAACUGUGGCUGAUGCCAGGUCCUUGAAAUGCUCCAAGUGUUAAUCAGCCGCUCUGCUGUGAGCUUAGGCGCUGGUGUUUUCUAACUGCAAACCUCUCCUGUUUUCUUGCCAAAACACUGAAACAACUGCUAAAGACUUUAAUUAAGAGGGGGUAAUUAGCUCGGAUUUAUCAAAGCCGGGUUGUUAUACUAUUAGCUGCUCAGUAGAAGCUGCCAAUCCAGCCUUAAAAACUAAGCACGCUCCUACCGGUCGUUGCCUAGAAAGAAAGCGGGGCGGAAGAACGGAUGAACCCAGGAAGAUCUUAUUGUAUGUAAUUAUUUUAAAUCUCUCCUCUGGCAAAACAAAAUUAACCUCCCCCCAAUCGGGUGCUGUCCCCAGCCAUUAGUAAAAGCAGCAUCUUUAAGGGGCUUCUUUUGCUACUAUUGUUUAUUCGCCUCCUCCCCAAAAGCGGUGGGAGCCGCACGCGGUGCUCAGAGCCAGGCCGGCCGCUGCCCGGCUGCCCCCCCGUACCCCUCUCCCAGAGCGGGGGAGUUCGGGGCUCUCCUCCGGGACGCCUUGUUUGGCAUGAAAUAGACAAACUCGCCGGGAACAUCUUUCCCAGAGGGCGAGGGCAGUGGGCAGCAAAAUGGAUGCGGGCGAAGCCGAGGAGAGGCGCCAGCUGCGAACCAGCCUCAAGUGCCCUUAGCCGCUUCUUCGCCCUCCGCUUUGACGUGUUUCACAGCCGUUGUCCGCAUCUGAAUUUCGGGUCGUGUUGUAGUUCAGAAAGGAAGGGUUUGGAACGGUCCCCUCCUCCCCCCCCACACCCACCCGAAGGGGGCCGAGCUGAGGUUACACCGUCUGCUGCACACUGCACCUCGGCAGGACGGUGUCUGACACCCAGGGCCGGGCGUGGGAAGACAAUGUAUCGACCGGGCGGAAAGUCAAUCGAGAGGAGCAGAGCCUAAGGGGUGCCGAUGCUCUCCGGGAGACAAGGUGGGAGACUAGAGAGCAUUGCCUGGGCACGGACAGACGGCACAAGGGCUACGACUGUGUGGCCGCAGACACCAGGGAGGAAUUUCAGGGAGCGGGCGAACUAAACUGAUCCCUGACAAAUGAUCAGCUCUUGGGACCUUACAGCUGCUCAGACACGACCUUCGCGUCCCGGCAGACCCCUGGAGGUGCGUGUCUCCCAGCCGCGUGGUACGUUGUGUUGUGAGCAAAUAUUUGGACAAUUCAGGUUUCUUUUCCGAGCUGAGAGGAUACAAUGCGUCUGUGCGGUGUGUUGCCCACGAACACAGACCUCCAGGGUGCUGGCUGCGAAGUUCUCAAACGGAUCACACGCUCACACCCACCUCUUCCCUGGGUUUCCAGGAUCUGGACUGGCGUCCGGAUCCCGGCUCUGUAGAAGGGGGCUGAGCCGCAGAAGCGAGUCGAGCUGGUUGUAGGGACAGGCCUAGGAGGUCAGGUCAGGUUAAACAGCAGUUUGUCGUUUUGUAAACCAUGAGCGGUCCCUUUGUCGUGGUGCGCUGGGGAAUGGGCUGUUUGAUAUGAAUCUGUAGAAUGGGCCUAAACUUUAAACAGACUUCGUUUGUCUAAGUAUGUGUUGGAAAGUGCUGUAAACGCGGAAGUAGUCUCGCGUUCACAUACAUGAGGUUAGCGAUUGGGGCUUUAAGAGAAGAUUUUAUCUGUAGAAUAAACAAAGCGGGUGAGGUGCAAAACAACGCAUCUGAAAGGGCA